CACAUAACCUCUAUCUCACUCAAGAUGUUCAUAUUCUUGAGUGACACAAGAUUUUAGAAUGAAUUGUUAGAUGAGCUGAGGUGACUAGAGUGAAUAAAAAAAAGCACCUGCCGAAUAUUUUAAUGAGAAGAGAAUGCUUUAUUUUCAAUUUUAGAAAGAUGACGUCUUAGGUGGGCCAGACUGAAAAGAAAAAGAAAAGAUGGACGUCUGAGUGGGACGGAGGAAAAAUUAUACUAGUGUCUAUAAUUAGUUCUCUCACAAUGACAACACGAAUGCAAUAAAGGAAAUAUUAAUAAUAAAUAAACAUAGAUAAAAAUGCAACUAAAAAGGUUCAAUAUUAGCAUGCCGAUUAAUGCUUGAACCCAACUAUAAAGUUCCAUAUAAACUUUGUAUAUUUCUCAAAUCCAACUAAAGUAAAUACCAAAUUUUGUACAUUAAUUAUCAUCCAAUUAUCCUUACAAUUUUUUACAUAUUUAAAAUUUUAAAUAUAAAUUUGUCACUUGGUUGCCAUCUGAAUAAAUUUCAAAAUUACAAAAUAAAUACUGUAUGAAUAACAAAUCAUUUAAAUACUCCCUAAUUAUUUAUUUUUUCAUAAAUUCAUAUAUUGAUAUGACAAAUAAUUUAUGAGAUUGUAGAUAAUUCCUUUGGAUUUUUGAGGAUUUAAAUCCGAUUAUCUCGUCAAAUCCAUGUCAUCAUCUUUAGCUAAUCAAUUUCUUAUCCAAUAUUUCAGCACUAAAUUCUAUCACAUUAUUUUUGUUUAUUCAUUAACACUACCAAAAUACCCUGAGUUUUAUUUUUUGGAUUUCAAAGAUCGAUUUUGUUUGGUCUCUCUUUGUUUGACGGCAGUCUCCCAAUCUUCUUCUACUCUCGAUGGAGGAUUUCUCUCUCCCACAAGGCUCAUUUUCUCUUGGAUUCGAUAGCUCCACUCAGUCACUGAAAGCAACCGUUUUGGAUGCAAGCUUAAACAUUGUAGCUCAGGAAAUUGUCAAUUUUGAUUCCGAAUUAUCGCAUUACAAGACUAAAGAUGGUGUUUAUCGAGACCCUAGUGUUAAUGGUAGAAUCGUUUCUCCCACCAUAAUGUGGGUGGAGGCAUUAGACCUAAUCCUUGAGAGGCUCCAGAAAUCGGGGCUCGAUUUUGGGAAAAUCGUUGCUGUCUCCGGCAGUGGGCAGCAACACGGCAGUGUGUAUUGGAAAACCAGGAGCUCGAGGGUGUUGUCGUCCCUGGAUCCGAAAAAGCAGUUGGCGGAUCAGCUUGGCGAUGCCUUCUCCGUGAAGGAGUCGCCUAUAUGGAUGGACAGCAGCACCACGGAGCAAUGUAGGGCCAUUGAGAAAGCUGUGGGUGGCGCCAUGGAGCUGUCGAGCCUCACUGGCUCGCGUGCUUAUGAGAGGUUCACCGGCCCACAGAUUAGGAGAGUCUUUGAGACGCAGCCCGAGGCUUAUAAGAGUACAGAGAGAAUCUCUUUGGUUAGCUCUUUCAUGGCUUCGCUUCUUAUUGGGAGCUAUGCUGCUAUCGAUCACACUGAUGGAGCCGGGAUGAAUUUAAUGGACAUUAAGGAGAGAGCUUGGUCAAAGAAGAUUUUGGAGGCCACAGCCCCGAGUUUGGAGGAAAAACUAGGGAAGUUGGCGCCUGCAUAUGAUGUUGCCGGCAAAAUCGCUCCUUACUUUGUAGAGAGGUAUCAUUUCGACAAAAACUGUCUAGUCAUUCAGUGGUCUGGUGAUAAUCCUAACAGCCUAGCAGGUUUGACUCUCAAUAGUCCCGGGGAUUUGGCAAUCAGUCUUGGCACCAGUGACACUGUUUUUGCCAUUACUAACGAGCACAAGGCAUGCUUAGAAGGGCACGUUUUUCCUAAUCCAGUGGAUACAAAAGGCUACAUGGUUAUGCUAUGCUAUAAGAAUGGCUCCUUGACCCGUGAAGAGAUACGGAACAAUUGUGCGGAUAAAUCUUGGGAUGUUUUCAAUGAAUAUUUGCAGCGAACACAACCUCUAAAUGGUGGAAAGUUGGGAUUUUAUUACAAAGACCAUGAAAUUAUUCCCCCGUUACCAGUUGGGUUCCAUCGCUAUGUUCUUGAGAACUUCAAAGGAGAUACAUUAGAUGGGGUGAAAGAAACUGAGGUUACGGAAUUUGAUGCUGCCUCGGAGGUUCGAGCAUUAGUUGAAGGCCAGUUCCUCUCUAUGAGAGCUCAUGCUGAGAGAUUUGGACUACCUUCACCUCCGAAACGCAUAAUUGCAACUGGUGGAGCAUCAGCAAAUGACAGCAUUCUCAAGGAAGUAGCUUCAGUUUUCGGGUGCAACGUCUAUAAAAUCCAAAGCUCAGACUCGGCUUCUAUGGGAGCUGCUUUAAGGGCUGCUCAUGGUUGGUUGUGCAGCAAGAAGGGCAGUUUUGUUCCGAUUUCGUCCAUGUAUUCGGGCAAGUUGGAAAAGACCUCUCUCAACUGCCAACUUGCUGUUGCUGCUGGAGGCCAUGACCUCGUCUCCAAGUAUGGUUUGUUGAUGAAGAAGAGAGUAGAAAUCGAGAAUCGCCUCGUGCAAAAGCUCGGGCGAUUGUGAAAACCGGUCCGGUUUUUAAUACACUGGGUUCACAUGAGUUAUGCUCUUUUUAGGUUUGGGAUUUUGAUGAUCUUUUUCCAAUUAUCCAACUUGUAUAUAUGUUGGUUUCUCUGUGAUUUAAUCCAGUAACAGAUUCUUUUUUUAAAGUUUAAAGUUUAUGAUGAUAUUAUUGUUACAGUUA